AAGAGAAUCAAGUAUCAACCCUCCCUUUCGCGACCUUUCUCUUUUCUUCUUUUGACUUCCGUCGUCGUCGUCUUCUUCAUCGUCUUGAGAGAGAGGGCGAGAGAGAUAUAGAGAAAUGGCGGGCGCUCAGCUGUUGAAGAGAAUCCCACGGAUCAAGUUCCCGCAGAGGCACCCCAAGCCCUCAGAUGGAGCAUCCCAACUACCGGCAUCAUCUACUUCUAUUGGUGUUGACCAAGGUUUCUUUAUGAAGUCUACAGCAUCAACAUCUUUGGGAGGAAAGGCUUCUCUGCAGCCUAAAAGGAUGGCUGUCUCGCAGGAAGAGAUUGAAGCUAUUUUGUUGGGUGGCAGCUUCUGAUUCUUGUUGAAGAACCCAGACAAGUGAUUAUGGGCUUCAUUCAUUCUUUACUUCUCAAGAUUUUAUCUCGUCUUACUGUACCAUUUUUUGGGGAUGUUUUAGUUUGACUGACUGAAUAUGAUUCUCAUACUGGAGGAUACAUCAUUUGCUGAGAAAUACUGAUUCAUCGGGAGAACGAAUAAACUUUUCUCAAUGUUGCAUCUA